CAGGCGGCAGCACACGACGACGAACGGCCCCCCUCCCUCCGGUCCCAGCUGUCCGCUCCAUUCCUCCCGGCAGCCUCGCCCCCCUCCCCCGGCAGCAUGGCGUCCAUCGAGGAGGACGGCGCGGCGGAGGAGAAAGAAAACAACAACAAGAAGCGAACGAAAGGCGCCAUGGCCACAGCGUGGCUCACCUUCUACAACAUCGCCAUGACCGCCGGGUGGUUGGUUCUGGCCAUCACCAUGAUGCGUUUCUACAUGCAGAAGGGCACACACAAAGGUCUAUACAGGAACAUCGCCAGGACCCUCAAGUUCUUCCAGACUUUGGCUUUAGUGGAGGUGGGACACUGUGCCAUCGGACUCGUGAGGACUUCCGUGAUCGUGACCGGGGUUCAAGUGUGCUCACGGAUCUUCAUGGUUUGGUUCAUUACCAACAGCAUCCGACAGGUCCAGAAUGAAGAAAGUGUUCUGCUGUUCCUGGUGGUGUGGACGCUGACAGAGAUUACCAGAUAUUCCUACUACACCUUCAACCUGCUCAACCUCCUGCCGUACUUCAUCAAAUGGGCCAGAUACAACCUCUUCAUCGUCUUGUACCCGCUGGGGGUGGCGGGCGAGCUGCUCACCAUCUACUCGGCGUUGCCCUUCGUGCGCAGGUCCGGAAUGUACUCCAUAAGGCUCCCCAACAAGUACAACGUGUCCUUCGACUACUACUACUGCCUCAUCGUCAUCAUGCUGUCUUACAUCCCACUGUUUCCUCAGCUCUUCUUCCACAUGCUGCGGCAGAGGAGGAGAGUUCUUCACGGGGAGGUCAUCGUGGAAAAAGAUGACUAGACGUCCGAUGAAGAGUCAACGUGUUUACAGUCCGCUAGCCUUAUCAUGUUUCACACAAAUAAACAAAUAGGAUGCUCUCCGACUAGUCACACGUCCAAUAAGACAUCUUGUUUGUGUCCAAUCAAAGGUGCUAUCCUCCUCGUUUAUGUCAAACAUGCUCUACGUACUUCUAGACGAUUCUAAAUCGCCGCCACCUACUUGUCAGCAAAUAAAACAUGUGUAAAAUCAAUAAAGUCAGUUCUAGACUA